AUGGUACAAAAGCAGCCAAAGAAAGAAGUUGCAACCAACGCACCAUACUUUUACCCUAGCUUUUCCCGCUAUAAUUAUCCAAAAUUUGGCACAGACGACGAAACGUACGCAGAACCUGCAUUCAAGUUCCCUUCGUGGGAUGACGGACUCUCCGGUUACACAAAGCGUACAUACCCACGGAAGAACUCGCAUCGUUACGAGGAUUUCGACUGCGAUGAACUACACGAUGAUAUUAACUCAGCUAAAUACGACGCUCAAGCAGAUUACGAUCGUUUCAAAUCCCACUUUUCAGCCUUGUCAGAUGAGCUUCGCGCACUACAACAGGAAAUCGAAGAAACGGAACGCCGAUAUCUAACCCGCAGAUGGGAUGCUGACGACGAAUCCGAAGCGGGCUCUUUUUCCGAAUCAUCAGUUCUGAUAUCUGGCUUUGGAGUCGGACCGAGCCCAAAACGUUCAUUGACAUCGUCACCGACGCCGCAAGCAACUUCCGAAGUGUCUGUUGGUGGAUUUGGAUCGAGUUCUCGCAGGAUACUCUUGUCUUCCCCGUCAGCAAUGCAAGCAGCAACUAGCCCAUAUCGUAAACGGUCUACAUCGAUUAAAUCUGGUUAUGAAGAGGAAGAAGAUGAUGAUUGUCUAAGUGGCCCGGGUAGUCCUAAUGGACGUCGUUGUAUGGGAUUGGACGAUGGAUGGACACAAGAGAGAGUACAUCAGAAUGAGUGGAUACG